CCUAUGUGGGACAUGAGCCCAGCGCAUAAAACUGGCCCGUUGUCCGGCGUUUCGCCAGCUCAAAGUGCCACGACUCAAAUUGAAAUAAAUAGGAAUCCCAGACUGAGAAAGAAAAUUUGCGGAAAUAGCGGCAUAUUUAUCGCCAGAUUGAAGGAAAUUCCACAACAAAAACCCGAACUUCUUCAACCGCUUCCAAAAGUGGUGUAGUUACAUCAGCAGAUAUAUAUAUAAAAAAGAAGGGAAUCCCAGAUACUGGGACAUAACAUUUCUACUCUGCUAUUCAAUCAAACGGCUUCUCCAUAUUCCAAGUGGAUCCAACGUCGGUUUCUGGACAGCUAACCUGUCAUAGUGGUCAUCAUGGAUCUAUAUGACCCUCAGACGCUAGGCAUCAUGGUAUUUGGAGGCUUCAUGGUCAUCUCAGCCCUCGGUAUCGUUCUGGUCUCCACCUUCUCCAUGAAGGAGACCUCCUAUGAGGAGGCCUUGGCCAAGCAACGCAGAGAGCAGGGUAAGACUGUGCCGCUGGGACAGCUGACCAAGAAGGACAAGAAGAAGGAGAAGGCGUCUGAGAAGAAGAACCGGGGUAAGAAGGAACACAAGCCCAAUGGGAAGCUUCCAGAAUUAGACCUAGAGGAUAUCACAGUGGCCGAGCCUGAACUAGCCCCAGAACCAGUUUCUGCCCCCAAACCUGCCCCUAAGCCUACCCCUGCUCCUGAACCAACCCCUGCUCCCAAACCUGCCCCUGAACCUACCUUUACCCCUGCUCCUGAACCAACCCCUGCUCUAGCUCCCCCUGCUGUAGAGGCCUCCCCUGCUCCAAAGAAGAAGAAAGAGAAGAAGAUGAUGGCUAAGGUUGAGCCAGCCCUGGCUGCUCCUGCCCCAGCCCCCAUGGCCCCCUCCAAGCCUGCCCCUGCCGCAGCAGCCCCCAUGGCCCCCUCCAAGCCCGCCCCUGCCGCAGCAGCCCCCAUGGCCCCCUCCAAGCCUGCCCCAGUCCUGGAGGCUGUCACCAAGGAGGUCCCUGUGAUGGCAGUGCCCCCGGUGGGCUCCCAGAGGACUGCAGCCAAGGCUCAGGAGACCAAGGCACAUGACCUUUCCAAGAAGAAGGCGUCCUCCAAGAAGAAGACUGAGUCUGUGUUGGACUCUGGUCUGGAUUCCCCCCUGUUCCUGCCCUACAAGGCCCUGGUCUCUACUGUUAGCAGUAUGGUCUUCAGUCAGGGAGAGGCCCAGCGCCUCCUAGAGAUCCUCUCUGACAAGGCUGGCAUCAGACAAGACACCUGGCACGUGGCUACUCAGAAGGGCGACCCAGUGGCUGUGAUGAAGAAACAGUUGGAGGAGAAUCAGAAACAGCUCGCUACUCAGCAGGAGGAUGCUUCUGCAGCCAAAAACAGACUCCGGGAACUCAGCAGGGAGCUCUCUGCUGAGAAGUCCAAGGUGGCCAGUGUGGAGACCAGGCUGAGUUCCCAGCUCUCAUCCAGGGAGCAGGAGAUGAUCGCCCUCCAGGCUCGUAUGCAGGCCUCCUACCAGGACCACGUAGCCCAGACACAGAAACUCAAUGCCAAGGUCCUCAGUCUUCAGGAGCAGUUGGAGUCUGGUCCCACGGCUCAACUGGCUCGUCUGCAGCAGGAGAACUCUAUUCUCAGAGACGCCCUGAACCAGGCCACAAGCCAGGCAGAGAGCAAACAGAAUGCAGAGCUGGCCAAGCUGAGACAGGAUUGUGCCAAACUGACCAAGGAGCUGGGAGAGAAGAGUGUGAGCCUUCAGACUGAUGAGGUCAUCAGGACUGGACUGGAGGCUAAGGUGUCUUCUGUAGAGAAACAAUUGUCUUCACUACAGGCCAGUCAUGCCGAGAGUGAACAGGAGCUGCAGAGGAGGCUGGAGGAGGUCAGUGAGGAGCUGAGGAGUUCUCAGAGGACCCUGGAGAAAGCCCAGCAGGAUGCUAGCACCCUUUCAGAUCUCCAGGUCCAUCUGGGCAGUGUAGAGGAUGAUCUGAAGAAACGUGGGACCCAGCUGGAGGCCCUCACAGCCCAGCUGGAGCAGACUGAGCUGGAGAAGGGACAGCUGGAGGACCAGGUGGGAUCCAUUAAUGUACUUCUCGAGGCCAGCCAGAACAGAGAUGAGAAUGAGGACUUGGAGAUGUGGAGUUGGUCUUUUCUCAACAACACCAAUCAUUUCUCUUCCAGUCUUCAAGACCGAGACGUUCAGCUGGCGUCACUCCAAGAGAAGCUGAAGCAGCUCAAAGAAAUGAAACAGGAGGCAGCUAUGACUCCCGAGGUCACUACAGCUGAGACCGAGCAGGCACCUAACAGUGAGGACAGAUGCCUGGUGGUGUCCCUUCAGGAAGAACUGAAACAGCUUAAAGAAGAGAUGGAACAACUACUAAACUCUCCCGUAGCGCCCCAAAGUUUUGCGCUAAAAUCGGCUGAUGUCUCAGGAGAGUCUGAUCAGCUACUCAAUGGUCUGGAGAAGAGUGAGAGUCAGGAAGUAACACUAGAAGAGGAAGAGAUUCAACUCAAAGAAGAAUCUGAACAGGCCCAGAGCAGCACCACUCAGUCGCACAACGCAGCAGAACUGGCCGCGCUACAAACCAGUCUGGCAGAGAGAGAAGCUAUGAUGAAAUCACUACGAGAGGAGCUAAGGGAAGCCAGGGACCAAUCACAGAAGGUACAAGAGAUCCUCGCUCAGGUCCAGCAGAGCCAAGAGUCCCAGCCGAGCACAGAGCUGCCGGAGCUGUUGGAGAAACUGAAGGAGGCAGAGGACAGCCACGGGACACUGCAGGCCCAGUGUGACCAGUACAGGACAGUCCUGGCUGAAACGGAAGGAAUGCUGACGAACCUUCAGAAGAGUGUUGAGGGGGAGGAGCUGGUGUGGAUGUCCAAGAUGGCCGACUCUGAGGACCAGUUGAAGAAGGCCCUGGAACAAGUACGUACUCUGGAGGAGACUGCAGAGAGCUUGAAGACAGGAAACCAAAGCAUAGAACAGCUGAAGGAGCAGGUGAUGCUUCUGGAAUCCCAGUUGGAGAAGCCGUCUGAGACGGAGGAGGAAAUGGCACAGUUGAAGAAGCUGCUGUCAGAGUCUCAGAGCCAGCUGGAGUCGUCCCAGACGCAGGCCCAGACGCACAGGGAAGAGCUGGCUACGGUCAGAGGUCAGCUGAGUGAGGCGACGGAGCACGCUCAGAGCCAGAAGGCGGUCCCUGAGGCCGGGGCACAGAACGGACCAACGGAGCCAGAGGUCCAGUCCCAGUUGAGUCAAACCACGGAGGAGUUUGAACAGGCUCAGAAGACUGUAGAACUCCAGGCUCAGAAGACUGUAGAACUCCAGGCUCAGAAGACUGUAGAACUCCAGGCUCAGAAGACUGUAGAACUCCAGGCUCAGAAGACUGUAGAACUCCAGGCUCAGAAGACUGUAGAACUCCAGGCUCAGAAGACUGUAGAACUCCAGGCUCAGAAGACUGUAGAACUCCAGGCUCAGAAGACUGUAGAACUCCAGGCUCAGAAGACUGUAGAACUCCAGGCUCAGCUGGACAUUCUGAAAGAGGCAGGAGACUCCCCACAGGCUGACACAGAGGACGUAGCCCAGCUAAAGGAAGAGAGUUCAGGACUGAAGGAAGGAACAUCUGUGUAAGAGACUGAAGACGUGACACUUAAACAUGAUUAUCAUAGUUAUGCAUUCCAAAACUAUUAGUUCUUGUACUGUAGUAGUUGAUUGCUGCAACUCCUAUUAAAAAAAAAUAAUCUAAGGGCCAGUUUCCCGCACGCUGAUUUAAGCCUCUUCCGGAACUGAAAUACAAGCUCAGUGGAGAGUCUCCCUUAAAGAAACGUAUUAGCCAGGGACUAGGCUUAAUGUGUCUGGGGAAAACCGUCUCAAAAUCUUUCUGGGUCGUUCCACCAAUUCGGUGCCUUAUCAAAUGUGUAACUUGGUGGGGGGGAUUAUUAUGAUUAUUAUGAUUAUUAUUAUUUUUUUUCAUUCUGUCAUAAAGAGAACAUGUUCAACACAAUAAAAAUGUUUUCCCAUCUCGGUGUUAAAUAAAAAAAGUGCCAAAUAAAGCUAACAGGUUUUGACUGUAACAGA